CGCGGCUCCAGUCAGCGCGGACCAGCAGCGGGGCCAGACGGAGCUGCAGCGGAAACACACGCAAAUCAGGACUUUUAUUCCGACCAGAGACACUUUUGCUUGGGGAACUCGACGGAGCGAUACUUUUUCUCCCUCUCUGGAGUUUGGAAAGCUGUCUUUUUUUUCUUUUUUUGGUCUUUUUUUUAUUUUUCCCACUUCCACCCCCACCCCAGAUAUGGACAGUCGGCGCCCCGCCGCAGGCAGCCUCCGGCCGGCGAGCGCGCAGCAGCAGUCCCGGGACUAGAACCGAGAGCUGGAUGUUUGGAUGAAGCGCCGCGCCGCUCCGACACUCGCUUCUGGGACGCCGUGGAUUUACCAGCAGGUCCAGGUCCAGGCUCGCAACACACGGAUUUAUUACGCUUCUCAAGUUGCAGGAAAAAAACCAUGGAGACUGUAAGUCGGCAGAGCUUCCAGCCUCACCCGGGACUGCAACAAACUCUCAAGCAGUUCCACCUCAGCUCCAUGAGCUCGCUGGGCGGCCCGGCGGCUUUCUCUGCCCGGUGGCAGCAUGAGCUGCUGUUCAAGAAGGACGGCAAGGAGCCGGAGCCCGUCCUGCAGCAGCUGCCCCCGCCCGCCAUGCCCGGGCCGCUCUUCCUGCCCUCGGACCGCUCCACGGAGCGCUGCGAGACGGUGCUGGAGAGCGAGACCAUCUCCUGCUUCGUGGUGGGCGGGGAGAAGCGGCUGUGCCUGCCGCAGAUCCUCAACACGGUGCUCAGGGACUUCAGCCUGCAGCAGAUCAACUCGGUGUGCGACGAGCUGCACGUCUACUGCUCGCGCUGCACGGCGGACCAGCUGGAGAUCCUCAAAGUGAUGGGCAUCCUGCCCUUCUCGGCGCCGUCCUGCGGCCUCAUCACCAAGACGGACGCGGAGCGGCUGUGCAACGCCCUGAUCUACGGGGGAGCCUACCCGCCGCGCUGCAAGAAGGAGCCGGGCAGCGGCCACGGCGGGCUGGAGCUGCAGCUGUCCGAGCGCAGCUUCAAGGUCUACCACGAGUGCUUCGGCAAGUGCAAGGGCUUGCUGGUGCCGGAGCUGUACGGCAGCCCCGGCGCGGCCUGCAUCCAGUGCCUGGACUGCAGGCUCAUGUACCCCACGCACAAGUUCGUGGUGCACACGCACAAGGCGCAGGAGAACAGGACCUGCCACUGGGGCUUCGACUCCGCCAACUGGAGGGCGUACAUCCUCCUCGCUCAGGAUUACACGGGGAAGGAGGAGAAGAGCCGCCUGGAGCAGCUGCUGGACGAGAUCAAGGAGAAGUUUGACUUCGCCAACAAGUACAAGAGGAAAGCUUCGUCCAGGGCGCACGAUCCCAUCCCGAUGAAGAAACCCAAACACGAAGACGUCCCGUCCCAGUCGCCGGCGGCCGACAGAGAGAAGCACCACGACUGGCUCCAGUCGCUGUCCGCCCCCAGCAAGGGCAUCAACUGCAUCCAGCCCCGACAGAGGCCCUCGGCGUUCAGACCCUGGUCCCCGCACAUAUCUGCUGGCGACAAGGAGCCCCCCUGCCACCCCCUGGCCCUGCUGAGAGACAGCUUCUACAACUACAAGAGUCUGGAGAAUGCCGUGGCCCCCAAUGUCGCCCUCACACCGCUGCCCAUGGGAAAGAUGGGGCCCCUGUCCCCGUCGGUGCCGAGCACUUCCCACCCGAGCGGAGGCGAGCCCCCAGCGGAGGCCGCCGACUCCAGGCCUCGCAAGAGAAAAGCUACAGAAGAGCUGCCGCCCCUGGCACCAGAGGUCCCCUGCCCUCCAGCCUCCUCUACCAGCAAGCUGCCGCCGCCACCACCACCGCCGCCGCCGCCUCAGGAAGACAAGGACUCUGAGGUGGAGAUAGAGGUGGAGAGCCGCGACGAAUUCACUUCGUCUAUGUCCUCCCUGUCGUCGCCGUCCUUCACUUCGUCCAGCGGCUCCGCCAAGGACCUGAGCUCCCCGGGGGCCCAGGGGCCCGCCUGCACGAUCACGUCGGCCGAAUGCACGGCCCCGGCGGCGGCGCCCGUCGCCGCCCCCGUGACCCCGCCGGAGCUGGGGCUGGAGUCGGAGCUGGAGAGCCUGCGGCAGGCGCUGGACACCGGACUGGACUCCAAGGAGUCCAAGGAGAGGUUUCUGCACGAGAUUGUGAAGAUGAGAGUGAAGCAGGAAGAGAAGCUGGGGUCAGCCCUGCAGGCCAAGCGCAGCCUCCAGCAGGAGCUGGAGUUCCUGCGGGUGGCCAAGAAGGAGAAGCUCCGGGAGGCGACCGAGGCGAAGCGAAACCUGAGGAAAGAGAUCGAGCGCCUGCGAGCCGAGAGCGAGAAGAAGAUGAAGGAGGCCAACGAGUCCCGGAUCCGCCUGAAGAGGGAGCUGGAGCAGGCCCGGCAGCUCAGGGUCUGCGACAAAGGCUGCGAGGCCGGACGGCUCCGCGCAAAGUACUCGGCACAGAUCGAGGACCUCCAGAUGAAGCUGCAGCACGCCGAGGCCGACCGCGAGCAGCUCCGGGCCGACCUGCUGCAGGAGCGGGAGGCCAGGGAGCACCUGGAGAGGGUGGUGAAGGAGCUGCAGCAGGAGCUCUGGCCCAAAUCCAGCGGCAAAGACGGGGCGUCCAAGCACAUGGCGGCUGACAACUGAGCCAGCGGGAAACCUCAGUGCCCGACAGCUUCCCCGCCAUCACCCCACAACACAUUUCUGGCCAUAAAACACGCGCUGAAGUCCCGGGCGUCCGCCGCGCCCCCCCGGAACAGUUUCAGUUAAACCUCGCCUUCUGACCAGACACAGAUGAAAUGAGGCCCAUUAAAGCACCUUCGGCACUCGCAGGAAUGAAAACCGGAUCACAGCAAAUACGAAGAAAGAAACUGCAUCUUUAUUUUUGCCCCCCCCCCCACCUUCCCCCGACCGGGAAAUCGGACCGGGCCUUGGAACCGCACGAACGUGAUCCUGUUGUUUCACAGGUGGGCGGAUCUGAACCCCGGGACCCCCCCUCCCCCAAAAGGCCCGCACAGCUUCUCCUGAGGAAUUUAGAGACUUUAUAAGCUAUUUAACAGACUACAUAGUGAUAUGUAAGCAGCAGGAUCCGCUGUUCCUCCGCGCUCCAAGACUCAAGUUAAGAAGAAGAAGAACAGAACAUAUAAAUGGACUUCCGACAGCGCCACUGUGGUUUUGUUUGUUCCCCAGGAGGCCACUGAAGUCCGUCUCACAUCGUUGGAUUGCAGACUCGUGUAUCUUGCAUUUCCUGCUGCUCGCUCGGGAUCGAACCUCCGGACUGAGGAACGCAAGUUGUAACACUUAAAGGCACCUUUUUUUCUUACCCAGCGAGCACUUGUUCUGGAUGAUCGGUGCCAGAGUCCAGCACUCUCCGCCUCACACGUACACGCAGGUCGCCAUGUAAGGGUUUUUAUUUCCUUUCUUUUCUUUUAUUUGGGGGGAGCAAAACUCCGACUUUCAAAAAGAAGAAAAUAACUCCGGACGUGAGCGUGGCCUUGUUUCCUUGUCUUGACUCUUUGAGUGAUCGGUGGCAUGUUUUUACUCCACUCGGCGUCAUCUUCAUCUUCAUCCCCCUCCUCAUCAUCUGUGAAGUCGCAGUGGCCUGGACAGACUUUCUAACCACAAAAUGUUCAUUUUAAUUAAAUUAAGGUUUGUAAAUAUGAAUACGUCUUUUUGUACUUUACAAUAAUGAAUCGCACUUUUCAUAACAAGAUACUGUCAGAAUGCAUUAUUGUACCACCUGCUAUCGUUUCCCGCCUCUCUUUCGUAUUGCGCGCGGCCGCCGCCGCCGCGGGAAUCCAGUCGGGCGUUCUAUCGAUCACGCGUGCCGCCGGUAGAUUUAACGCUCCGUUUUCUUACAGCAAAGUAUUGUAAAUAAAGAAAAAAUAAAGUCUGUUGCUUGCCGACGGCAGGUUGGAAUAUUUUGGCGUCCAGCGUCCUCCCGUCCCGUCCCGACCCGUGGCGGCGGCGCUCGGGCUGCCGGCCCGGGACCCGGGCAGGGGGCGGCAGGGCGCUGGAUCGCUGCGGGCGCAUGAACAAACCGUAGAGCUGACUUCUCGGAGAGGGCGGGGGCCGUGAAGCUGCCACCACGCAGAGCAGUCAGAAUGUACAUUGUGUUUUUUUUUGCUUCGGUUCUGGAUGUCGUUUUCAACGUGGAGAUAUUUUAUUGCUCGUCUGUUUGUUUCACUUUUUUUCAAUAGAAAACUCAUAUUUUUCUUUAUGCAUGACAUUUUGACAAGGUUUGCCAUACAUAUAGUCAGUUAUUGGGCAUUGAUUACUGUACAUGUAAGGGUUUUAUUGUGUUAUGUAAUAUAAAGCAACUUGUCUUAUUUAGCAGAGGAAAGCAUUAUUAUUAAAACAAAAAAACGACAAAAAAAGGCAAACGCUGUAUUUUGUUUUUAAGGAAAAAAAAAAACCUUCACACUUGGAAAAAAACUAAUAAUAAUAAUAAAAAAGAGGAAAAAAAAAAUCAAUGCAAUGCUGGAAAACCUCAAGUGCCUGGAUGUGGGCCAAAGGUUUCCAGAGUAGGAACGCUGAUGAGGCCCUCUCGUCAAUUUCCUGUUUGCAGGUUUCAAAUUAAAAGCCCCGUCUGUGCUCUGCAGCUCUUUCAGUCAGUAUUCCUUGAACCAAGAAGUUUACACGUUUUCUUUCAUUCUUCGGUGCAGAGAACAAUUGAACAAAAGCUAUGUUAUUUAGACCUUUUUUUUUCUUAACGAAUGCUUUACUCCGUUUGAGAUCAGUGAUGUGCAUGUUCAGACAAUUUUUAUAGCAGAUUUUUGCAAAGCCUCUCGCGUCGGUGAAUUGUUACUUUGGAUUUGUACAUAAAGACCGAACUGUCGAUGCCCACUUUUACCCAUCAAGCAUCACAAAGAGGGCGUUGUCGCCGCCCGGCCAUUUCUUACCCGGCGUCGCCGACGUCGUCUGCAGAACAAGCUGUCCGUCACUUUGGCGGACCCAAAUUGGUACAUUUUGUAGAACUUUUUACGCUCAAACGAGCCGAUAGCUUCUGUGUAGUUUAUGUUACAAAGGCGUUCUUUUUGGGGGAAACAAUAAGAUUUGGCUUCUUGCGCUCUCUCCCUGGUAAAAGAGGAGAAGUGCAGUUUUAUGAUGUCUCGCUUUCUAAACCAUUUUUGCUACAUAAUUGGCGGUAAAGCAGCAAUAACAGUCCAUCUUAACAGAAAAGUACUAGCCAGUGUGAAGAUUUGAAUAAGAAUUUACAAAUGUAAAUAUUUUUGUUUUUUUUCAUUUACAAUAUUGUGUAAUAUAUGUACAUGGUGUUUCCUUUUCUCAAAGAUAUCUUUUCUUACAAUAGCUGUUUUGUUUCUUUCUUUUUUUUUUAAGUUUGUGCUUGAACUAAAAUGUUUCGGAGACAGUUGAUGCUGUGCGUAAGAGAAUAUUCCCACAUGAACAUGUUAACCCAGUUCUUUCUUUCUUUUUUUUUUUUUUUUACUGUAGGUUCUUUAUAUCGAAUGACGUUUUUUCACCAGUUCAUAUGUAUUUUUAGCAGUACGUUUGGUAUCUUAUGGAGGACCGGCAGUGUGCGGUCCAUUUCCUCCUCAUCCUCAUCCUCGUGUAUCGUUUUAGCCCUGUGCUGCUGCUGAUAUACAGUUCUCCAAGUACUUUUAAGAGACGAGCUUUCUCCAUUUAUUAAUGCUAAAUAUACAGUAUGAACAGAAGCUUGGCUUACUCAUGUAUCUCGGUUGUUUCUUUUCCCACCUUCGUCCUCCUCUAACAACACCACUCCCUUCUCUAACGACAUGGACUAUAUUGUAAAAUAAAGGACUUUAUGAGAUUAUGUUUGAAAAUAGCUCUGCUUAUAUACUACAGUGACUGAAUGUACAGUGUAUAGAUGCAUUACCAGAAAUAAAGUUGUUUGUCCAGA